AUGUUCACAGACAGUAUUGGAGAUGAGUCCCUGCGUGAUGUGAUCUACUUCCCUGUCAGCCCCCAAAGAGAUCCCAAUCGGAAUCAUUUGCCUGACCCACACAUAAUGUUGCGGAAUACCGUGUUCCCUUUACUCGGCGAAUUAGAUUGUUUCCCUAUACGAGUACGCUAUCAAGUCCUAGUAUCGAAUGAGCUCGACCAAGCCCUUGCACUAUUUAUCAAAGCGGUUGCCUGCUAUAUCUUUGUCCUUACAUUCCGAGAACUGCUUCGUGUCCUCGAGCCCUUCCUCGAUCUACGCAGUCUCAACAAUGGAACCAACGCAACAGAGAAGCCUUUGGGCGACCCUAACAACCAUCCUCAGCACCCUGAUGCAUGCGGCCUGGAGAAGCAUAGUUGGGGGUUUAAUAACCAAAUAAGUCAUUUCUCUUCGAAUGCGUGCAGACAAUCUGACCUGGAGGCUGAUGUUUGAGGAGAUAGCAUGAGCGACCUCUUACCUUUCUGAGAGAUGAAUCGAAGCUACGCGAUUGGGUUGGAAUAAAAGGCUACUGCAGAUGUCCAGUUUUUACUUCAAAAUUCUCAUACCAG